GCGUUACUGAGCGAAGCCGCAGCUGCGUCCAUAAUAUUUUUGUCUACAACCAGCCCUUGACAAGCGCGGUCGCGAGUACGGCGUGUUCGUUGUAUAUGCCUGCUCACUAAUCCAGAGCGAUUCAUUUCCGUGGAAUGCAGAGAAAGUACGUUGUUUCAACCAGAGCCACAAGAACAUUAGCUUCUACAGAUAAGCUAUUGUUCUCAGAGUGAUACAAAAAACAGUAACAGUAGUGUGUUAAGGUCAUCUGCUGGUGUCGAGACAUUAACCCCGACAAUUUACUACAUCUGCAGAGUGUGACUGUGUGCAGUAUCGCAAACUCACCGUGAUCUUUGGCCGGCAAUCAUCAACAUUCCCUUAACAGAUCUCUUUCAACAUGGGGUGCGACUGUGAAUCAUGCAUAGCAAAAACGCUACUAUCCGUAUUCAAUUUUCUAUUCUUUGUCCUAGGAACAAUUGUGCUCGGUGUGGGCGUAUGGCUAGCCACAGAUAAAACAUCGUUCAUAGCGUUACUGAAAAUGGUCGAAAACGAUCAGCUCGAGCAUUUUACGCAACCGGCAGUUAUAGAGCAGCUAGCUUAUCUGCUGAUUGUAAUCGGAUCGGUAAUGUUCUUCCUCAGCUUCCUCGGAUAUUGUGGAGCGAUACGCGAAAGCCAGUGCCUUCUAACAACGUACGGCCUAUUUUUGCUGGUAAUUCUAGUAGCAGAGGUGACGGCCUUUGGACUAGCAGCAGCGUACAAGGAUCGUGCGCGAACAGAAACCAAAAACUACCUCCAGACCACGAUCUCGAAUUACUACACCAGCAACGAUCGUAACCAAACCGAUGCAGUGACGUUAAUGUGGAACUAUAUGAUGUCGGAACUGCAUUGCUGCGGCGUUGACGACUACCGAGACUUUGCUUUGUCUGAGAAGUGGAACGAAAGCAAACGGGAUAAGAUUAUACCGACGGCUUGCUGCGUACAAACGUCCCUAUUCCAGCCGCAAGACAAAAACUGUCCCUUCUCGCCAACCGAUUCGAACAGCUACUUUAAAAAGGGAUGCUAUAAUGCGCUAAUAGACUGGAUCAUGUACAACCGCAACCUGGUCAUCAUUGUUGCCAUAGGAGUCGGAUUAACGCAGCUGUUGGCGAUUUUCCUGUCCUUCUGUUUGUGUAAAUCGAUUGAAAAGUAUCGAGGAAUGCGAUUGUAGGUUUGUGUCGUGAAGCGAAGCACGAUGCUACAGUACAACAUCAUCAUCACCAUCACCAUCAUCGUCACAUUCUUGCAUCACGGACCAGGCAGUGCCUCACUGAAUUAUUUUCAUAAACAACGGAAAAGUGCACUUUUGACGUGAAAGUUAACAAAAGAACGAUUUUUUCUGCGAUUACUCCUUUGUUUACAUACAGAAGGAAUCUAGAAGGAAUCUCUUGGAAACCUUUAACAUUAACGCGAGUCUCAGAACAGUCUUGAACCCAUGUUCAAGGUGGGUUGUCAAUUAAUUUGCAACCAUUACAGUAAUUACAGCCCGUGUGGAUCGGUACGAACAGAAAAUUAAUAAACGGUUUAUCGAUUUGUUUCGCCCAAGCCAUUAUUAGAUGCAGAUGCACAUCUUUACGGCGAAUUUCGACUAGAGCUAUAAUUUAAUUCAUAUUUACUUUUUCUCUAUUUCCAUUCUUCCUCGUAUCUAAAGCAAUAAUUUGUUUCUCAAAUUCCUUCCUUUGUUAAGUUACGUGUUUUUAAGAAAUGAAAAGUAAAAUAUAACGAUGUAUCAUAAGAAAA